AUGAGUGUCCAGCCAAAGUACCGAUUCGAGAGACUCGACAAGGACAAAGCAGUCGACCACCAACUCGGCCUGCUCCAACUGGUGAAAGACUACACAACGGCCGAAUUCCGCAACAACGUGCUCGCGCACGCCGAGCUCGGCAAACUCUUCGACCUACCGGUGAUCAUGACCACGUCGGCGGAAACAGGACCCAACGGCCCGCUCCCCAAGGAAAUCACGCAGAUGUACCCGGACGCACCGCUGAUCAAGCGCAACGGCGAGGUCAACGCGUGGGACAACCCGGAUUUCCGCGCCGCCGUGGAGGCGACGGGCCGCACACAGAUCAUCCUCGGUGGCAUCGUCACCGAGGUCUGUACCAUGUUCCUGGCCCUGAGUCUGCGUGAGGCCGGCUAUACCGUCUGGGCGAACACCGAGGCCAGUGGCACCGCCACGCCCAAGUUGGCGGAGGAUGCGAACCGUAGGAUGGAGGGUGCGGGCGUACAUUUGACCGGCAUGUUCGGCAUCGCGAUGUUCCUGAUGAAGGACUGGCGGAACACGCCCGGCACGGCUGAGGUGCUACCCUACUUGGAUAAGUACUUCCCCGCUUACGGCGUGGUUGCCAGAGCACACGGCGCGGCGAAACAAUCUGGGGAUAUUGUUCCUGGUGAACAGCAGUUAUUGGGCUGA